AGAGAGAGAGAGAGAGAGAAAGAGAGAGUGAGUGACUAGGAGCUACAGGUUCAGUAUAAACGGACCAUGGAUGACAAACAGUACUUUUCCCUUUCUUUUGUUCAGCCUUUCCUGGCAGUGAGAGAUGAUAAGAGUUAAGGGCUCCAAAUAAAGGGACGCUCACAACUGACACAAAAUAUCCAGGACUAGCUGUGGAGAUGGAGAAAGCUGCACUGCUGCUGCUUUGUUGCCUGGUCAUGUCUUUAUCGGGCUCCCCGCUCUACCCAUCCAUUAGGUUCGGCCAGAGGGAUACAUCCAUUCUGAUGACAUCUUCUAUAAAGAAUCCCGCAGAGCAGCUGGAGGAAGACACGCGUCCUCCCAGGGAGCAAGCUGAGUUACGCUCCGGACGCCACGCUGAUGCCAUCUUCACAAACAGUUACAGGAAAGUCCUCGGCCAAAUCUCUGCCAGGAAGUUCCUUCAGACAAUCAUGGGCAAACGGCUGGGAGAGGAAAGUGAGAGCUACAUGAAAGGUCAGUCUAAAAUCGACGAAGGGACCUAUAAAAAAGAUCUUACAUCCAUCCAGAGCGACCAGAGAUACAGAGAAGUGCAAGGGAAUGUCAUGAGGCCCAGCCUGCUGAGUUGAGAUUGGUGUGUCGGACAGAUUCAAGGCUCCAGCAGCACGUUUCAUAACCAUCACUGCUUGUUUUCUUAUACGUCUUUCAGCCUGGUCUUUACAGAUGAAAAUUAUAUUUAGAUUUUUUUUAUUCCCAUUAAACCUGUGAAGAAAACCUACAGCCCUAACUCAUGACUGUGGAAAAAAUGGCACUGAGGAACUUCAAGUUGUGCACUCUUCUUUUAACAGAAAUAGUAACAUUUGUUUAAGUGGCUCCUGAAAUACCAGUUAUGGUAUUAAUGAAAUUAUGAACAAUAAUAUCUUUUUUU